AUUCGCCUAAUAGUUUCAGGCCUCUCCCUUUGCAAAAGUUCAGACUAUGGAUUCAAUCCAUGUGCGAAAUUCGGGCCAUGAGGUCCAAGGAUUUUUUCCGGUUUGAAGAUCCUUGGGAGAAAUUGGCACAUUCGUCGCGACAGAGAAAAUAACACUAUUCUUUCAUUCGACUUCGACGAGAACAAAAAUGGAAAAACCUGUAACAGAAAACCGAAGCUCUUAACUCGACUCAGAUCCAACCCUACAAAAGCAAGACAAGUGUGAAUACAAAAUAAUGGACAAGAAACGAAGUAAUCCAAUGGAGUGGUUGAAUCAAAUGGUAGGAGAGCCGUAUUAUUUCUUCCAUUUCCUAUCUUUCUUCUCUUAUUUCAUCGUUCGGAGCUCUGCUUCUAAUGUCCUCUCCCCUCAAAUCACUCAACUUCUCUUUUAUAGGGAAAUUCAAGCGGUUUUGGCCUUCUUUAUGCUGAUUGCAUACAAGAUGGCAAGAGAAGAAACAUGGGAGGCUUUCAUUGCUGAUACAUUGUUUGUUGGAAAGAUCUUUCUAAUUGCCCUUACUCUAAUAAUGGACUAUCACGUGACUUUGUGGUAUUUUGUGGUGUUUUCAGUGAUAUAUGUUUUAACACAGCAACCUCCUUACGAAGAGCUUGGUUCUGCAAGUAAACUGACACCAUUGCAAUUGGAAGCCUUGCUAACUGAAGGGAACACAUCAAGAUUUUGGCUGGUAGAAUUUCGUGCCUCAUUUUCAUCCAGUUGCAGACGUGCCAGUCGCUGCUUUCCCGAGCUGUCAAUCAUAUACUCAAACAAAAAUCUGUCAUUCGGAAUAGUUGACCUUGGACUUUUCCCAAAUGCUGCAGAAAAAUUCGGAAUAUCUCCUGGAGGGAGCAUGGGACAGCUUCCUACAUAUAUACUAUUUGAAAACGCUAUCGAGGUUUCACGCUUUCCCGAGUUCAAUUUUGAAGCAACACCUACACCUCCUAUAACCAAAGUAAUGUGUUUUUGUUGCCAGUGCAUAGUACAAGAUGCAAAGAUACUUACUAGAUUUUCUAAUGCUACUACUGCGGCUUCUUGCUCGCCAUUUUGAACUUGACUGGCAUCUCCUUGAAUAUGUAAAUGGGAAAUAGGUUGUACAUCUAAGGCUAUAUACCUGGCAGUUACUUGGAUUCUCGAUUCCCACUUCCUGGAUGUACACCAAAAGAUAAGUAGAGCAUAAACGGAGCUUCCUGGAUAACCCACAAAGCGUAGGCUAAGAUUCUUGUUAGUUCACUUUUUUGGCUUAUUGCAAUCGAUUGGUGGGUUUUUGUUUUUUUUGACAGUUAAGAGACUAUUAAGUGUAGGCAUCAAAGAAGAAUAUGAAAUUACUCUUCCUGUUUUGUGGAACAUAA